AUGGGAAGUCAUUUUUCAUUUAUGACUCAACAAUCAUCAUCUAACCAUAAUGAUAAUAAUAAUGAAAAUAAUUUUGAUGAUUUUUUAAAUUUAGAACCGGAUAUUGAUAGGUUUCCUGAAAAAACCGAUGAUAAAAUUAUUAAUAGAAUUGACAAAACAUUACCUAGCUUACCGAUUGUUUAUUGGAACAAGAAUAAAAAUCAACCGAAAUUUUAUAAAAACGAAUCGUGCGCAAGAUUUCCCAGCAUAUACGAAUUAGAAUUUAAUAAUAUUUAUUGGCAAACUUUGGUAACGUCAAAUGGUACUUUUCAGUUGUACGGUGCUUAUUAUGACGUACGAAGAUUUAGCAGGAUAGGACCCGCAGUUCGAAUACUCGGUAUGAUUAAUAGAAUAGAACCUACUGUUAAAACCUACUGUCAAUUUUGGUUUGAAAAUGAAAAAGAACCGGUUUUUGUAAAAACUUUGGAGUACAAAUACAUAUGGUAUAAAAAAUGGGGAAAUUACAAACAAGGAAUUUAUCAACCCUAUUUGAUAGCUUGUCAAAUACCUUCUAAACAUAAGGGAAAAGUACCAAGCGUUUCUUUAGUCGAAAAACCCUGUAACAACGCAACGAAUAACAUCAGGGUAAUAUAUAAUCAUUCCGCAAAUGGACGUAAAAAAGAAUUUGCUGUUUGCGUCAAAGGAUUAGAUUUCCUUCACGAAGACCUAUCCGUGAGAUUGGUCGAAUGGAUAGAACUUCUUCACAUUUUAGGAGCCGAUAAAGUGUUCUUCUACCAACUUCAGGUACAUCCGAACAUUAGCAAAGUUUUAAAUUAUUACGAAGCCAAAGGAAAAGUAAGCGUGACACCGUUAACACUACCCGGUGGACAACCGAAUUUACCUGGUUUUCAACAUCUUUAUUUAACUAAAAGAGUUAAUUAUAAAAGGCAAAACGAAUUGAUACCUUAUAACGAUUGUUUGUAUAAGAAUUUAUACACGUACGAAUAUGUGGCAUUGUUAGACAUUGACGAAGUUAUAAUGCCGAUUAAAACACUUAAAAUAAAAAAUGAAACACGGGCUAGUUAUAAUUUUAGAAAUGUUUAUUUUUUGGACGAUUUAAGUCACGCUCACGGUUGGUUUAAAGACAUACCCAGGUACAUGCACAUGUUGCAACACGUUUACAGAGCCGUGAAUUAUACUAAACCUAAUCAAUACGUGAAAUGUUUUCACAACCCGGAAAGGGCUUUAACUCUUCACAAUCACUUUCCAUUGGCUUGCCUGGGUCAGAGUUGCACGACGUAUGCCGUGGAAACAGAAGAUGCACAAUUGCAACAUUACCGUGCGGAUUGUGUUAGAACUCUUAAAAAAACUUGUAUGGAAUUUAGACAAAACAGUGUUAUCGAUUCGACUAUAUGGAAACAUAAAAAAGAAUUGAUACGGAGAACGACGGAAACAUUAUUAAAUUUAGGAUUUUUUAAUAGAGGAAAAUUUCAAAGUACUGCUGCUGUGCCAACAUAA